CGCAGUUAGUGCUUCAAUCCAAUUGGUCUGUUUCAAACAGACGGCGGUUGUGUUUGUUGUGUUUAGCUCGACGUUAGCGCACAAAAAGAGAAAAUUCUUCAGGUUUAACGCCUAAUGUUCCCAAAAUAACCAACAGGAUGAUGGAUUCAUUCCUGAACAACAAGGCUGAAGGACGGGAGCAGGUAGAGGUUGAUGAUUUAAAGAGAGAUCUCUCAUCGGAGUUCACCACCGUACCAGACUCACAGCAUUCCUGCAUCGAAGAGAGAGAACACCUUCAGGUCUACCUCCGAAUCCGACCUUUCACCUCAGCAGAGAGCAACAAUGGAGAGUCGCAGGAUUGUGUGACCAUUGAGUCUCCUGACACAGUUCUGCUGAAACCUCCCAGUUUGUCCCUGUCAGCUAGACUCAGCACCGACAGAUCACUUCCACAGACUGGCCAGCGCUUCCAGUUCUCUCAGGUGUAUGGUCCUGAGACGACACAGAGGGAGCUGUUCGAAGGCACAGUGAAAGAUUUGGUUAAAGAUGUUCUCGAAGGACGAAACUCUCUGGUUUUCACAUACGGAGUCACUAACGCUGGGAAGACCUUCACAUUCUUAGGUCCAGAUGCCGAUGCUGGUAUCCUACCCAGAAGUCUGGAUGUAAUCUUCAGCAGCAUUGACGAGCAGGUUUUCCCCGAGAUGAGCGUCAAACCUCACCGCUGCCGAGAGUUCACAAGACUCACCAGGGAGCAGCAGAAUGAGGAAGCGUUGUUCAAGAGGAACCUCUUCAGACAACUUAAAGAGAGCGAGAAGAGCAACAUUAGCCUGUCGAACUCGACCAAUAAGACACUCCUUGAAGGCUCUUCCAUGUUGGGCACAACCGUAACAGUAGAGGACAAAAUCAGCCUGGAGGUGGAAACAAACACCAAGUUCUCCAUUUGGGUUUCUUUCUGUGAAAUCUACAAUGAGAACAUUCACGACCUCCUGGAGGUGGUAUCCAGCGGUGCACCGAGAAGAACCGCACUGCGCCUUUCACAGGACGUCAAGGGAAACGCCUUCGUCAAAGAUCUGCGUUGGGUUCAGAUUAAUAGUGCAGAAGAGGCUUACAGAGUGAUGAAGUUGGGCAAGAAGAACCAGAGCUUCUCCUCAACUCGACUCAAUCAUCUCUCCAGCAGAAGUCACAGUAUUUUCUCCAUUCGAAUUUUGAGGAUUGAGGAUAUCGGGACUCUGAGGGUUCAAACAGUCAGCGAGUUGUGUCUCUGUGACCUGGCUGGUUCUGAACGUUGUGCCAAAACCCAGAAUAAAGGCGAUCGUCUGAAAGAAGCUGGAAAUAUCAACACCUCACUGCUCACUCUGGGGAAAUGCAUCAAUGCACUGCGACACAAUCAGCAGGCCAAGCUGCUGCAACACGUCCCCUUCAGGGAAAGCAAGCUGACCCACUACCUGCAGGGCUUCUUCUGUGGUCGAGGUAAAGCCUGUAUGAUCGUCAACAUCAACCAGUGUGCCUCCAUGUACGACGAGACGCUCAACGUCCUCAAGUUCUCCGCUGUGGCACAGAAGGUUGUAGUUCUUUCUUCCAGACCUCUUCCUAUCAUGCCACAGAGGUCGGCCAGCGAGGUGUCUUUCAUCAUCAACAACGCUGAAAGAAGGACUCUUCGGGGCAGCAGGAGGAGCUCCCUGAUUGGCUGGGAGAGCAGCCUGGAGGAUGUACAGGAGGAUGAGGAUGAUGAGAGCCUGAUGGACGACACCAUGGAUCAAACCGGCAAUGAAGAAGACGGCGAUGAAAAUGACGAUAAAAUUGUAAUUUGUAAAAAGAUGCAUCAGAGGCAGGCGGCGCUUUUGAAACAGCUACAGAUUCAGCUGAAGAAAGAGCGAGCAGAGAGUCUGCUGAUGGAGGCUCAAGUCAGGGAGGAAAUCAGCAGAGAGUUUUCAGAGCUUUUCUCCGAGAUGCAGAGUGACUACGAUGACCGCUUGGCGAGGGAGAGAGAAAUCCUGGAGGAGCAAGCUGAGAGGAGACUGGAAAUUUUCAAAAAUCUGAUUGACAAAAUGGCCAAAGCUGGACCCAGCCAAGACACACAAGCCAUGGACACAUUUCUGGACUCGUAUUCCUUUGAAUUGGCAGGCAUGAAGAACUCCGCCGAGGCUGCUCAUAUGUGUCGAGGUUCAGGCCGAGCAGGAGCUCAGGCAGAUAAAAAUGACACUAUAGAGGAGCUGGAGGUGGAUGAGCAGCAGCCUCACAAGCAAAACGGCGAAGCUAAUGGGGUGGAGGACGAGGAGAAAACUAGGCUUCUCUCGCAACUGGAGGAGAAGUCAUCGCAAAUUGUUUGGCUGGAGAAACAAGUGAAAGACCUGCAGACGACGGCAGAGCUCGGCUCACAUGGUCGCUCUUUGCUGGUCGAAGAGAGGAGCUCGUGUCAGAAAGAGCAGCUGCAGGAGGCUUUGACUGCCCUCGAAAAGGAGAAGAAAGCCAGAGAAGACGCCCUCGCCGCUCUGCAGUACCAAACUAUUGGAAAAGAGGAGGCAUUGGCAUCCUUGGAAGAGGAGAGAAAAGCGAGGGAGGAAGCCAUUGUCGCACUGAAAGAGCUGAAGCAAAGUAAAGAGGAGUUGCAAGCAUCACUUGAAGAAGAGAGAAAUGGAAAAGAGGGAGCCACAGCAGCAUUGGAGGCUGAGAAAAGAGCCAAGGAGGAUGCUGUAGCGGCGCUCGCACAGGAGAAGCGAAGCAGAGAGGAUGCAAUUGCUGCUCUUGGCGAAGAGAUGAGUGGAAAAGAGGAGGUUCGGUCCGCUCUGGAGGCUGAGAGGAAGGAGAUUAGCAGGCUGGUGGUGGAGAAAGAAGAGAGGCAACAGGAGAACGAUGCACUUCAACAAGAAGUCAGAGAGAUGAACGACAAACUGAAAGCCUCAGAAAGACAGGUGACCAUCGAGACAGAGAAAGCUGCACAAGCCUCAGUCCAACUGCAAACUGUUCAGGCACAACUGGAUGAUCAUUCCAAGGAGAUUCAGGAGAAAUCUUCCCAGAUCCACACCUUGACUGAGGAAGUUCAACGACUGAAACAGGAGCUGCAGACCUCCACGGAAUCAUCUGAUGGCAUCAACAAUCAGCUCAGAGAAGAAGCAUCAGAGCUGAGGAAGGCUCUAACUGAGGAAAAAGAGAAAAAUGACAGCAAGCAAAGUCAAAUCCUGGAGCUGGACAGUCAGCUUUCACACAUAAAACAACAGCUGGCAGAGAAACAGCUGAUCUCAGACCAGCAGCUGGAAGAGUUUACUGAGAAACUGAAUCAGAAAGAAGCAGCCUCAAAUCGGCAAGUUGAGGAGCUGAGAAAGAAGCUUCAGCAGCAAGAAGAAACGUCGCGGCAACCACUGGAGGAGCUCAGAUCCCACCUUGAAAGCCAACAACAGGCUGCUAAAGAAGAAAUAGAGCAGCUGAAAGCAAAGCUGGAGCAGCAAACUGAGGCCUCAGAGAAGCAGGUAGAGCAGCUCAAUGAGAAGCUGCGAGAACAAGAAGUAUUGUCAUUACAGCAGCUGGAGGAGAUAAAGCAGAAACUGGGUGAAGAUAAAACGGCUUCUGACAAACUCUUAGAUGACGUCAAACAAAAGCUCACUGAGCAGGAGAAAACUGCAGAGCUGCUCAAGGCUGAACUAGAGGAAGCUAAAUUUAAAUGUCCAACCUCUAACUCUGAGGCUGAAGAAGAUCACAAAAGGUUGAACUCUGAUCUCCAGACUGAGGUCGCAUCCCUGAAGGUAAAGAUUUCCAACAUGGAGGAAACAAAGGAGUCUUCCAGCAAAGCAGAAGCUCAGAUUCCCUCUUCAGAAAUUGAGCAAAUGCUCAAAGAAAAGGACACACAGAUGGAGGAGAAGCUAGCAGAGCUGGAGAAAGCAUCUGCACAGAAAGAGGCAGAGCUGCAGGAUCAGCUGCUGGAAAAGGAGGCCGAGGUUACAUCCUUGAAAAAGAGUCUUCAGGAGGCCCAGGAACGACGGGAGGAGGAGGAGUGUCAAGCAGUCCAGGAGGCCCGACGGAGGGAGGUGGAAAGACGGAGGGAGCUGCUGGCUGUGGCCCACGAAGCCAUCGCUCAGAAGGACGCAGAGCUGGAGAAGAAAGCCGAGGAGAUCAGCAGACUAAAGGAAGAAGCCAGGCAGGACUUGGAGAAAGUCAAGAGCCUCGGUCUCGACCUUCAGAGGAAAGAGGACGACUCUUCAGACCUCAGAGAGAAACUGGCUGAUUACAAGAAGCAGAUCCAGCAGGUCCAGAAGGAGAUUUCAACCAUGAGAGAAGAGGAGAAAUCUCUGAAGCAGAAGUUGGCUGACUCAGAGAAAGCCAAGAAGCACCUUCAGUCUGACCUCACCAACAGAGACAGAACAAUCCAGCAACUCAAAGUGGAACAGUCAUCUAACACAAAGUCUGAUGAGACUCACCAGCUCUACCAGAAGGCCUGCAAAGACCUUGAAGCCAAGCAGCGUGUGAUGGAGGACAUGCGUUUGGCUCUGAUGGAGCAGGAGGAGACGCAGGAGCAGAUGGAGCAGGUCCUGGAGGAGAAACUAAACCUCAUCCAGGAGCUGUCUGACGAGGUGGAAAGAUUGAAAGCAGUGCUGUUGAAGCAGGACUGUGGAAGCGAAACGGACCGUCUAGUCGACCACCCAUCAGAUGACGUCAAACUGGCUAAAGAGGAAGCUGCUCGAGCUCAGGAAAGCUUGAAGUUAUGUACAGACAAACACCAGGCUGAGCGCAGAAAGUGGCUGGAGGAGAAGCUGUCAUUGAUCGGCCAAGCCAAAGAGGCAGAGGACAAGAGGAACCAGGAGAUGAGGAAGUUUGCAGAAGACAGGGAACGCUACACUCGACAGCACAACCAGCUGGAGUCCCAGCUAACUGAAAAGGACCAAACCAUGGAGAAGUGGAGGAAGGAGAGAGACACUCUGGUGGCAGCUUUGGAGAUCCAGCUGCAGAAGCUUCUUUCCAGCCAAGCAGAGAAAGACAAACUCAUCAAAGAGCUGCAGCAAAAUAUCCCACAGCCACCACUAGAGAGUUCUGAUGGAGGUGAUGCUGGUUCCAGCCUGGCAGAGCUAAAGGCUGCUCUGUCUGAGAGGGAAGCUGAGAUUCUGCGGCUGAAGAAAGAUCUUCAGGCCUCAACAGCCAAGCAGGAGGACACAGUUACACCGGUCAGGAGUAAAAAGGUCAGAGCACACAUGACAGACAUAAGAACGACUGAAAACAAUGAGAGCCCUGCCACACUGGUCGGCAAACCUGAGAGUGAAACCAUCAACAGGAAGUCAGGGAGGAGGGAUACGAGAGCAUCGGUCAGCAGUCAGAGUUCGACUGGCUGUCCGUCAGUGCUGGACUCCUCUGAGAUUUCCACAGAAAACGGCAGGACUAGCCGCUUCCCUCGGCCGGAGCUGGAGAUCUCCUUCAGCCCUCUGCAGCCGAACCGCGUGGCUCUGCGGCGGCAGGGAGAGGAGAGCGCCGUCACCGUCAAAAUCACCCGCUCUGCACGCAAGAGGAAGAGCAGCGAGAUGGAAAAGUCUCACAUUUUCAGGAGGAGUAAACGCCGAACACUCAAGGAAGAAGUGGAGGCAGAGAACAGAAGGAACACGAGAACCAAGCUGACGCCAAAGCUGACCCCACACAAGGAGGAGAGUUCUGCUCCAGCGGCUCGUCACGACUCCCAGAGCAGCAUCCGCAGCAGAAAGGAAGGAACGCUGCAGAAAAUCGGAGACUUCCUGCAGAGCUCCCCCACGCUGCUCGGCUCUAAAGCCAAGAAGAUGAUGAGUCUGGUGAGCGGUCGGGUCGAUGCAGAUUCAGCAGCCUCCACUUCCUCCCUCGGCCUGAGAGCCAAAAAGAACAAAAGAAAACUGUACAGGCCUGAAAUCUCCUCGCCCAUGGAUAUGCCCUCCCACCCAAUCAUCAGCAGAGAGCCGGAGGAGGAGGAGAGCGACCACCAGGUUAUUAAGAGGCGUCUUCGCUCCAGGAUGGCUAAAUAAUUCACCUCCACAAAACUGUACACCUUUUUUUUGCCUUAAGAAAUGAGGAGAAUAUUCUUCUAUGUCCAAAAACAUAGAAACCAAUUUAAGUAAUCUUAUUUAAUCUGCAGUUCUCAGUAUUUAACUAUUUACAGAGUUUUAGAGUAGAGCACAGGCACAAAUUUUCUGCUAGUUAAGUGGCAUUUAAAGGAAUAGUUCAUCAUUUUGUAUUCUGAUGUUCUGCUGAGAGUUAAAUGAGAGAUCAGAGUGAAGCAGAGCCUUUAAGACUGAAAACUGGAUCAAACUGCUUCCACUUUUCAUGCCAAGCUAAUCAAAUAGCCUCCAUCUUCACACCUCACUGACAGAGGUGUCGAUUUUUCAUUUAACUUUGAACAAAUAAGCAUUUUUUCCAAACUUAAAUACUGUUAUCAUUUAAUCAGCUCUAUUCCUCGGCUUUUACUUUUCCUAAAAUGCCAUUAUGUUCACAUUUACUGUCAAAUGACUCCAAAGUUCCUGCAUUAACUCUUAAAUAGGAAGCACUCUACAUUUGUAUAUAUUUUCUAAACACUAUACCUGACAUGAUGCAGAUUUUUUUCUACUUCUAUGUGCAAUUUCUGAUUCCAAGUUCAUAUGUUGUGCUGGAGUUGAUUUGAAUAUCGAUAACUGUUGAAAAUUUGGUGGUUUAUGUUCUGAAAGAGCUGCUAAUGGAUGGUUGAAUGUGUCUCACAUCACUCUAAGUAACUGUUUCCAGAUGUCAAAAUGCACAGUUUUCAGAGAUCCACUACACGUUCGAUAAACUGCACUUUAAAUUUAAGUUGAGGAACAAAAAUGUGACUGCAGGCUAAAAGAAAAUCUCUGGUUCUACUGUGUUACUGAAACUGCUUCACAGUCUGCUGGUUCUAGUUAACCCUUUGAUGCACGACAUGGGUCAAAAGUGACCCAUAUUCAAUGCAAAAUGGGAAUCUCUUGACCCAUGCUGUGCAUCAAAAGGUUAAAGGUUUUAUCUUCAGCACAACUUUAAAGAACUUGUGCAUACUUAGUUAAUCAUUUUCUGUUCUAGAUGAAGGACUGCUGACUUGUUCUUUUGUACGGCACAUUAAAAAGUUUGUUUCAUUCCUGUUUA